CCAAGGCGCAAACAAACGACUCCCACCCACACACAGCCACACCGUGGGCGCACCAGCCAGCAUGUGGUCGGCAGCAGCGGUGCGCGCGGUGUCCCCGCUCCCGGCGCCGUCGCUCCCGUGCGGCGGCCGGCGCGGCGGCGGGGCGGCGCGCGGGGGCGGCCGGGCGGCGACGGUGUCGGUGCGGAGCACGCUGUGGGACUUCGUGGGCGGGGACCUGGUGAAGCCGGACAUCGGGCAGUGGCUGGACGAUGUGGAGAAGCACAAGGCGCUGGCCGUCUACCCGCCGCACGAGGGCGGCUACGAGGGCCGCUACCUCAACCACCUCCGCUACCAGGGCUACUACUUCCUCGACCUCUCCGCGCGCGGCCUCGGCGACCCGGAGACCACGCUCACCAAGAUCCACCCCGUCUGCCCGCCGAGCCUCGGGAGGCAGCCGGUGGCGAGGUGGUACUUCCCGCCGGAGGUGGACUACAGGCUCAGCCUGCUGCACCCGGACGCCAAAGGCCUCGUCGUCUGGAUCAUGGAAGCCAAGGUUCUGUCCAAGGCUGAGCUGCAGUUCCUGGCCAUGCUCCCGGACCUCCGGCCAAAGGUCAGGGUCAUUGCGGAAUGCGGCAACUGGAGAAAAUUUGUGUGGAAGCCACUGAAGCAGAUCGCGGGCCUCGAGCCUAACCCGGACGCGUAACAAUGAUCAAGAUGACAGUUUCAAGGCAAAAUUACAGCUACACUCAAAUUGCUUCCCGGCUUACACGGGUUUGUACUGAAGGAGAGGCAAUGAAGGAUGUACAUACAUUUCGGCACAAGUUUCAUAAAAGAACCAUGUAAAUUCUUCCGUACAAUUAAAUCAAACGAAUCAUGAUUGCAGUGCGUUUCAAACUUCAA